AUGUACAACCAUCUCCAAUACUUCGUCGCCGUUCCUGCCCCGAAUCCUCAAGAUGAUUUGUUGAUAGACACUGAAGAAAACAUGAUUGAAGUAAUCAAGGCUGCGAAGGCCCACGAUGUUUCCGUUUCCUUGAGUAUCGGCGGUUGGACUGGAAGUCGCUCAUUUAGUUACUUGGUUGGCGACCAAAAAAAUAGGACCACCUUUGCCGAGACCAUCGUUCGUGCGGUCAAGAAAUACGGCGUUGGAGGGAUCGAUUUGGAUUGGGAAUAUCAAAAUGUCCAAGGGAUUGGUUGUAACGCACUGAACAAAAAUGAUUCGGAGAAUUUCCUGGAAUUCGUCAAAGUUUUGCGCGCCAAACUGGGCCCCAAGUUCCGACUUUCGGCCGCGGUCUCGAUGAAAGGAUUCAUGUCAGCAGAUGGGAAAAACUAUCUGACGGAUGUGAGCGCAUAUGCCAAAGUGUUAAACUUUUUCACGAUCAUGGCGUAUGAUGUAUAUGUUUCGAGCAUUUCCAAAGUAGCGGGCCCGAACUCGCCUCUAUACUCGACAUGUUCAGAGCCGACGCAACGAUAUUCGGUCGCCCAAGCGAUCAAGCAAUGGACGACGACGGGAGUGCCGGCCCACCAACUAUUGCUUGGUAUCCCCGCAUAUGGGUACGGAUAUACGCUCAAAAACAACCGCAUCAUCCCCAGUCAUUUCUCCGGUAAAUCUGGCGUCACCAGUCAACUCUUCCAACCGCGCACUAACUCUACCCCGCCCGGUGGGAAAACCGCCGGCGAACCCUCCGGUAACGAUGUCUGUGGAGUCCCUAACGUCGCUGGUGGUCAAUGGUUGUUCAAGGAAUUGGCCGAAACUGGAAAGCUUUCUAAGGACCAAAAGGAAGGCUUGAAUGGCUAUGAACGACACUACGAUAACUGCACACAUACUCCUUUCCUAUUCAAUCCAUCGACCAAAAACCUGAUCAGUUACGACGAUUCCUUCUCGCUGAAAGAGAAAGCGUCAUAUGCUCUCGAGCACGGCUUAGGAGGCGUAGAGAUGUUCGAUGCGACCGGCGAUACCUCCGAUUCUGUGCUUCUGAAGAGCGUCAGACAGGUCUUCCUUUCCCCCUCAGAAAAGAAAAACUCUGCUCAUGGCAUCAGGGAUUGA